AUGGACGACGGCACUGCGAUUAAGGCAAAUAAGGACAAGCCGGUCAUUGUCAGGGUCAAAAGAAAAGCUUCCCAGUCUCUCCUCGAUGCUUUUUGGCUAGAGAUUAAUGAGAGGCCAAUAAAGCGCCCGCUGCUUGACUUUGAAAAGUUAUCAAUCUCUGGUUCUUCUUCUAGUAGAGUGGAGGAAUUGAAGACCAAAAAGGUUCUUGUACGCCAUGUGGAGACAGUAAUUACCUCGGAGGUCACUGUCGAUGUGCUACGAUCUUUUGUGCCUAAUUCAUCUGAUGCAUUGGAACUUAAAGAGAAAAAUGGAGGAAGAAGAUGCACUUUGAAGACGGAGAAUAAACAGGAGCAGUUGCUCGUCAAAGCAAGACAAAGGCAAGAGGUUUUAUCAAAAAAUGCUCGUUUUGAGCAAAUAUGGAGAAGCCGAAAGGGAAAGAAGGAAGCCGUAGAAGAUGAGGCAGUACAUGAAAUGUAUCGGCUCUAUGAUGUUGUUCGGGUUGAUGCAGAGAAGAAAGAGAAUGAAGUGCAACAGAAGGAGGAUACGGAAUUGGAGGACCACAGGAUGAUGGCUCAAUAUCUGCCUCUCCUAAGAGAUGUUUUACCAACUGCUGCUGUGGAGAUUGAAGAUGAUAUUAACAAUUAUGCUUCCAGACGAGCAUUUUCAGAUGAUUAUGUUUAUGAUUUUUAUGCUGUUAAGGGUGACGCCAACAUUACUGAGGCUGAUUCUGCAAGCCAGUUUCCUUUGGUUCAAGUUGACGAUGAUGAUACCUUCUAUAAUGGCCCAGAUGAUUCAGAAUAUGAAACUGAUGAUUCUAAUGCGGAGGACAAUCCACUCAAUGAGUAUCCGGAUGAAGAGACGUCUGAGGAUGGGGAUAUAAGCAGAUCAUCUGGUGAGAAAUCAGAGGCUGAGAGCAGUUCUUCCAAUAACCAAUCUGAAGAAUGCAAAAGUGGAAGUCAUACAUAUUAUAAUGAACACGAGGAUACAGGGCCAUAUGACUGGUCGGACAAUGCAGAUUCAUUGUUUGAAGAUGACAUGUACUUGGAUGGUGACUAG